AUGGAUACUCAACCGUGCAUUCUUUACUACGACCGGCGUUCCAUCUGCAGUUCGAUGGUACGGUAUACUCUUGCCAAUGCGGGCUUGCCAGGCAAGGAUUGCUUGCCACUCUCUACAGAGCUCCGAGCGGUGGACAUUUACACCGGCGAACAGUUAUCCGAAACAUAUCUAUGCGAGCUAAAUCCGAAAGGACAGGUUCCGGUUCUGCUGAGUCCAGGUUUCCUUGAAAAGCCUAUCGCAGACAGUCUUGAUAUCACCUUCUGGCUAUGCGAGAGGUAUCCCAGUCUGAGACCUUCGGAAUAUGCAAAUGAAAUUAAUAGACUGCUUCGCAAUCUGCACGCCAUCAAUUUUUUCACGCUUUCCAUGAGAAAUCGUCCACAGAGAGCAGAAAUGCAGGAAGCGGCGAUCCUCGCUAAGAUGAACACGCCUGACCUUUCAGCCAGACACAAGAAAGCUCUGGAGUACAAGUUGACUGUGACCCGUUCAGAGAAGGUCGAAGGGCUGCGUCCCGAGGUCAUCAAGGAGGAGAUCGAGCGUGCGCAGACACUCCUGAACGCCAUCGACCAGGUCAGACGCGCCCAUAACGAAAAGGGCUUGACGCCAGAUGCAUGGAUCUUUGGCACGACCGCCCCAACGGCGCUGGACACUACCUUGGUCUGUUUGGUAGCGAGGUUGAUGGACGUCCACUUGGAGGAGAUCAUCCCACCAGCUUUGUUGGAGAUGGGACGGGCGCAGAGGGAGACGAGCACGUUCAAAGAGAUCUGGAUUUCAAUGUGA